GCGGUGGCCAGAGUCCCAGAUUGCUUGAGGUAUCAUGGACAUCCGCAGCUUCUUCGCGCCAAAGGGCGGCAGCACGCCCAAGCCCGACGCGGCCAAGUCCCCCGGCCCGACCAAGGCCUCGCCCAAGAAGGCCAUGCCCAGGAAGGAGCCCACGCCGACGCGCGCCCGGAAGGCCAAGGCCGACGACGAGCCCGCCCCGCCGGCCAAGUCGUCGCGCAAGGUCAUCGAGCUCGACUCCGACUCGGACGUCGAGGAAGUCCAGCCCAUCAAGAAGGCCAAGGUCGUUGAGCCUGUUGCUGAAAAGAAGGAGGCGCCGGUCAAGAAGGUAGCGCUGGCCAAGAAGGAAGCACCGGCCAAGAAGGAGGCGCCAGCGAAGAAGGAGACGGCCAAGCAAGCUGCGGCCAAGGAAGAGGCGCUGAACUUGCCGAAAGGCAAAGUACGCAUGCCCGAUGGCAAACCCGGCUGCUUGGAAGGGCUCACAUUCGCCUUCUCGGGCGUGCUCUCGAGCUUACCGCGCGACGAGGCCGAGAUGGUCGUCAAGCGCUACGGCGGGUCGGUCGCGUCGUCCGUGACGCGCAACGUCAAGUACCUCGUCGCUGGCGAGCUCCUAGAGUCGGGCGACUCGGUCUCGGUGAGCUCCAAGUUCAAGGACGCGGUCGCCAAGUCGAUCAAGAUUCUCAACCAAAACGACUUUUUCAACUUGAUCUCGGAGCGCGCUGAGCGCAUGACGGUAAAGCCAGCUCCGUCCAAUGGAAAAGGCAAGCAAAAGGCGGGAUCGGCCGUCGUCGACGACAUGCUCUGGCCCGACAAGCACAAGCCCAAGUCGAUGGCCGACAUCAUUGGCAACGGCGAGCUCGCCAAGCGCCUUAUCCAAUGGCUCCGGGACUUUGACGCGGUCCAUGUCAAGGGCACGAAGAAGGUGGCUUACAACCCCAAGAUGACCGAGAACAUGGGCGCCAAGACCGUGCUUCUCUCAGGUCCGCCCGGUAUUGGCAAGACGACACUCGCUGCUUUGGCCGCAGCCGAGGUCGGCAUGGACAUUCUCGAGCUCAACGCAAGUGACGCACGCUCCAAGAAGACGCUGCAGUCGGGCCUCGCCGACAUUGUGGGCACACAGGCGCUCUCGUUCGGGGGCUCGGCCACCAAGAUGGGGCUUAAGAAGCGGCUCAUCGUCAUGGACGAGGUCGACGGCAUGAGCUCGGGCGACCGGGGCGGCAUGGCCGAGCUCAUCGCGAUCAUCAAGAAGAGCAAGACGCCGAUCGUGUGCAUUUGCAACGACCGACAGUCGCCGAAGGUCCGGUCGCUCGCCAACCACGCGCUCGACCUCAAGUUUCGUCGGCCGACAAAGACGCAAAUCGCGACGCGGCUGCUUGCGAUCGGCGCCGCGCAGGGCAUGCGCAUCGAACGCAACGCGCUGGAAGAAGCCGCCGAGCGCUUCGGCAACGACAUUCGACAAUUGCUCAACUGGAUGCAAAUGUGGAACCGGUCCAAGACCGUCAUGACGUACGAUGACGUCAUGACGCACUUUUACCAGUCGGAAAAGGACGAGGUGCUGCGGCUCAACCCAUUUAGCGCGACGCAAAUGAUCUUCAAAAGCGGCGCGUCGUUCGAGGCCCGGAACGAAGCCUACUUUGUCGACUACGACCUCAUGCCGCUCAUGGUCCAAGAGAACUACAUGCAAAGCAUCCAGAGCAAGCGCACGUCGUCGGACGAGAAGCUCGAUGACAUUACGCUGGCGGCCGACAUGAUUGCCGAGAGCGACCUCGUCAGCGUCUACAUUCGCAAGGAGCAGCGCUGGGACCUCUUGACCAAGCAAGCUGCGCUCAACGUCGGCGCGUGUACGUAUGCCGAAGGCUUUGUUGGCCGCCCCGAGUUCUCCCGGUGGAUGGGCAAGAACUCGUCGACGAACAAGGCCAAACGACUCCUCAGUGAGCUCUCGAUCCGCAUGCGCAGCCAUGCGUCUGGUGCCCGGAACGCGAUUCGGAUGGACUACAUUCCGUUCAUGAAGGAGAUUCUCUUGACGCGACUCCUCGCCGGCGACGAGAGCAUGGACGAGGUCAUCGAUAUGCUCGACGCGUGUGAGAUUAGCAAGGACGACCUGACCGAGUCCAUGGAGCACUUCAAGUUCCCGGGCGUCGUGCGGCACUCGUACGCCGAGCUCGAUACAAAGGCCAAGAGCGCGUUCACGCGCAAGUACAACAAGGGUGUGCACAAGUCGCAGGCGCUCGUCGAGGCCAAUCUCGCAGCCAACCCGGCAAAGAAGAAGUCGUCCAAGAAGGUCGCGGCGGACGACGACGGCCUCGGCGACGACGACGGUCUCAUGGCCGACGACGGUGACAAUGGCGACGAUGACGACGACGUGUCGCAGUUUCAAAAGAAGGCGCCCGCCAAAGCUGCGGGCAAAGCGCCUGCCAAGCGCAAGGGCAAGGAGCCCGCGGGAUCGGCGCCCAAGCGUGCGCGGGCACCGGCCAAGAAGAAGUGAACACAAGAUAUACAGUGCUGUAAGAAGAAACGUACCAGAACCCGAUUGAUACUUUGUCGUCAACAGCGACGCCCCACGCAGACACAUGUCGCAUCCAAGAGACUUCAGUUUCCUGCACAGCAUUGAGAUGCUCGGAGGUCGUAUCCAG